AACCUAAUAGCGAUGAUAACUUAAAUAAAAAAAAACCACGUUUAUUUAGUGCAAAGCCUAAAGAAUCUCAGCUAGAUGAAGACAAACAUAUUAUGGCAUCUACUAUUUCUCAAAUUCAGGAAAAAUAUUUUUGCGCUAAUUGUGAAGAUUCCUGUUGGGCUACUAAAACUGGUCACAUUAAAUUAACAGGCAUGCACUAUACAACAUGGGCUCGAGCAAUUUUAAAUAGACUAACAGAUAUUAACACGCCACCAAGUCAUACCAUUUUUACAUUACCACUUAACAAAAGAGAAAUACCUAAUUCACAACUAUCAUCACAAUCAUCUCAGCAAAUGCCUUGGCAAAUACCUUCUCAAGUACUGUUUCAAGUGUCUUCACAAGCGCUUUCACAAAUGCUGUCACAAAUGCUGUCACAAAUGCCAUCACAAAUACCAUCACAAAUACCAUUACAACCAAUGCAACUAUUGACCAAUUUUCCACCUCAAAUAUCAAAUAAUUUUUCACCACAACC